AUGGAAUCUACCGGCACCCGGUACCUUCGCAACGGCGAACGUGUCGGGUAUCAGCUCGUGCACUCGGUGCAGUUCCCCGAGACGCCUGCGCGCGGCUCGGCUAUCCGUGGGAACAUGUCAAUGAGCGCCAUCUAUCGCCAGCGCGAUAGCAACGUCGUGGACGUAUUUAUCAAAGGGUUCUUAAACCCAGCAGGCGGCUUGACGCGCUCUAUCAUCACCCGUUCAGCUGCCAAGGCACUGCUGUCCGUGUCCAAGAAUGUUCACUGCGCGCAGAUGAAGAAACUGGCAUGGAGUAUCCGACAACGCUGUCCUACGAUGAUGGAAAGGCAAGCAGACUCGGUAGUGUGCGUGACGUGUUUGAAGAGACCUUCUGGUACACAUCGUCUGUUGCACCGCCAUCUUUGCUGCGGCGUAUGCGCUCGCUACGUCUGUUCAGGGUGCCGUAUUCACAAGAAGCUGCACUUUAUGAUGGCAGACCGUAAGAUGUUGGAGCAGGAAGUUGCGUUCUGUCCAAAGUGCUACACGGAAGCUCUCAACGCGAAAACUGUGACUGUAGCUAGCCAAGAAUUGCUCUUUAACGACGUGUACGGCUGGAACGAGGUGUGUGCGUUCACUUCCGGCACUGAGAUCUCCCUGUUCGACGACCUGAAUUGA